AUGAUUAUAUCAAUCAAACUUAAUGUGAUACUUCUUAGCUGUUUACCAUUAACCGCAUUAUUUGUCGCAGAACGUUCCACAAAAAUGUGCCAAUUAUGUUUAUUAGAAAUGGUUGGCAUCAUUCAUAUUUUAAACGAUAGCAAGACAACAAUACUGGUAAAAAUCGAUGAGAAAUGUGACAAAAUUUGUGGAAUGGAUAUGGAUUUGUAUCGAAUAUGUGUUACAACAAUGAAAAUUAGAAAAUUAUCAAUGUAUGGUUGA